CCGUGAGAUAUCUCAUCGUUAAGAAAGCCCUAUUGCACCACGUUAUAAAAACCGAAGUAUAAGCGUCAGCAUUCACACAAUUGUUUUACUAUUAGAAUAUUGGAAAUAAACAAGAUAUAUCUGAGAAACUAUGUUACCGAUGAGUUGAAUAAUGAAUGCAUCAUAUACUUUGUACCCAAACCUGCAAUUUAUACAGCUUGACAUUCGCGAGAGAGUUACUACCGACAAGUGGCGGAGCGAGCGUUUCGAGCGUCACCUGCAGCCAUAUUGCUUUUGGUUACAACGAUUGGAUGGCGUCUGUUCCCGGUUUAUAGUGGUGCCUCAUUUAAUGUCUGGAGAUAUAGAAGAUGAUGUCUGCGGCGAAUUUUAUGAAUGUUUGUAGAUUAUGUUUAGUGAAAGACAAAGUAUAUAUUCCUAUUUUCGAAGGAGAAGGCGAAGCUAGACAGUUAUUUAUGAAAAUUGGUACUUGUCUCCCUGUUAAGGUGGAGAAAGAUGACAAAUUACCGAAGAAGAUCUGUGAUGUAUGUUUGUACAAUGUUGAAAAUGUUUUCAAAUUUUGGCAUACUACUGCCAACUCGGAAAAAAAAUUAUUGCAGUGGCUUGAGGGAUUUGAGAAAAAUGAUGAUCUCUCCUUGGGCAACAGUAACACCAUAGAAACGGAACAGGUGAUGCUAAAAGAGGAAACAAUAGAACAAGAACAUGUAUCGGAUCACGGCAAAGAACAGGACAAUGAAGGUUCCCAGGAUGAUAUGGAACAAAGUGAUGCCGAAGAUAAUAGUGAUGAAGAUGGAUUUAACAGUGAAGAAGAGACAGCUAAUGACAAUAUUGGUGACAACAAAGAUAGUAGGAAUGAUGAUGGUGAAUCAGAGGAGGAUGGUUACGGUGAACUAGAACCAACAACGUUUGUGAAUGUAACAUUGGCUUGUGAAGAGCCAGGACCAUCAGGUUUGCAGACUGGACAGUCCUUAGAGCAUUCUCUUGACGGUGUUCAACCUCAAGUAACUCAGGUUGUUCUUCAAUCAGUGCCGACUAUCCAGACAAUCCAAGUGAAGUCUGUUGAAUCAGUGCAAGCAGCACCAGAGGCUGUGCCAUCUACAAGCAAAACAGUUCCUGCUUCCAGUGGAUCUGCUGAAAUUAUCAACAGCAAAGACCAAAAAUGUAAAGUAAUUUUCUCAACAGUCAAAGAAAGAAAUAUCCAGAAAACUCGAACUGCAAGUAAAAGCAGUUCAUUGAAUACUUGUGAAUUCUGUGGUAAAAUGUUCUCACAGUGCAAGAUGUUGAUUCACAGGAGGAUUCAUACUGGUGAAAAACCUUUCCCAUGCAAAGUUUGUGGUGAAUCAUUUGUUUCUAAAGGAGCACUUACUGUGCAUAUGGUUAUUCAUAGUGAUGAAAGGCCGUUUCCUUGUGAUGUAUGUAAUAGGAGAUUUAAACGAGCAUUUGAGCUCAAAGAUCAUAGGAAGAUUCAUACUGGUGAGAAGAACCAUGUUUGUGACAUUUGUGGGUAUUCUUGUAUUCAGAGGACUAACCUUGUAAACCAUCGCAAAAGACACCUAAAUGAGUACAAGUUUAAAUGUGACAUUUGCAAUAAAGGUUUUUACACUAAGACUGAGCUUCAGGAACACAAUUAUGGACACACAGGAGCAAAGCCCUUUCAGUGUGAUAUAUGUGGGCUCGCUUUUCGCUACAGAUUUAGGCUAACGGUUCACAGAAGAAGACAUGAUCCUCAGUACACACCUCCUCCCAAGACUCAUCGAUGUGAAAUCUGUAACAAAGUGUACUCUCGUCGGCAAGUUCUACUUUCUCAUGUGAAAACACAUACUGGGGAGAAUCAGUGCAUUUGCAACAUUUGUGGUAAAGCUGUUUCGAGCAAAGACUACUUGAAAAUUCAUUUACGAACACAUACUGGGGAAAAAACGAAUGUAUGUGAGCUUUGUGGGAAAGCUUUCAUUUCCAAGAAAUAUUUCAAGAUUCAUCAGAGAACACAUACGGGAGAGAAACCAUUCUCUUGUGAAUUUUGUGGCAAAUCAUUUACUCAGCAAUCAUCAUUAAUUGUCCACAAGAGAUCUCACAUUUGUCAUUGUGGUAGUGGAUUUGCUUCAAAACAGGAAUUAUUGCAACAUCAAAAAGUUCAUGAAGUAUCACUGAGAACUUCUAAAUGGAUGUCUGAAAUAACUGAAAGUACUGCUUCCCAACCAGGAUUUUUCUCCAAAAUAUGUAUGAAUAUUUUCUUUUUUUCUUUUUCUUUGCUGUUUCUCAGAGCUUUCAACAACAACAACAACAACAACAACAACAACAACAACAACAACAACAACAAAAAAAAAAAACCCACCACCAAUGAUCAAUCAGUCAACAGAAGACCUGGGUAUGACCAGUAUGACCUCCAAGUAAUGAUUGAGGAAGAAAGAAAACUACUUACAACUUGUGAAUUCUGUGGGAAAAGAUUUUCUAUUCCUUCACUUGCUGAAGAUCAUCGAAGAAUUCAUACAGGAGAAAAACCUAUUUUAUGCCAUGUUUGUGGAAAACAAUUAAGGUCACUUCGACAACUGAGGGCCCAUGCAUUUCAGCAUAGUUCCAAUAAGCCUUACAAAUGUGAUAUGUGCGAGUCAAGUUUUAAACGCAAAUUUGAACUUACUGUACAUCAAAAACGGCAUACUGAGAAAGGACAAUUUGAAUGCGAUGUUUGUAGUCGGACUUUUCAGUAUAAAUCAAAUUUACGAGUACAUAGUCUGAGACAUUUCAAGAUGUAUAGAGUCCAUUGCAAGAAAUGUAAUAAGGGAUUCUAUAGUGAAACUGAGCUUAGAUAUCAUAUGUUGCGCCACAAUAUUGGUAUGAAACCAUUUAAAUGUGAAUUGUGUGAAAUGUCAUAUGCUGCUAAGAGUUAUUUAAUGCGUCAUCAAAUAAUUGCAGUAGCUUUACCCUUCAAUUUUGGAUAUUACCACAGAAUAUUGUUGGUUGAUGCAAGAAUGUUACAAAGUUGCCGAAGAAAUCUUCCAUUUAAUAUAUAUUUAAACCGAAGAUGUGAGUAUGACCCAUGCAUAUCUGGGGAAAAGAGAAAACUACUCACACCUUGUGGAAAAUAUUUUUCCAUUCCUUCUCUUGCUGAAGAACAUAGAAGAAUCCGCACAGAAGAGAAGCUUGCCUUGUGCGAUGUAUGUGGGAAACUGUUGAAAUCUUUUUGGCGGCUGAAGGUUCACGCCCUUCAACAUACUACUGAUAAACCAUUUAAGUGUGACAUAUGCAAUUUAAGUUUCAAGUGCAAGUAUCGACUUACAGAACAUCGAAAACGUCAUACAGAAACAAGACAAUUUGAAUGUGAUGUGUGUGGUAAUAAAUACCAUUGUAAAGCAGAAUUAAAGCAACACAGCCAAAGGCAUUUCAAGAUGUAUAGUGUAUAUUGUAAAGAAUGUAAUAAGGGGUUUUACACUGGAACUGCUCUUCGGGAUCAUAUGUUGCGACACAGUGUUGGAAAUAAACCUUUUAAAUGUGAAAUGUGUGAUAAGUCAUUUGGUUAUAAAACAUCAAGAAAAGAUAAACGUCUUCUAAUGGCUCUUCUCAGUCCUGAAGAAAGACGUCAGAGGAAAACAUGCGAAUAUUGUGGAAAGAGUUUUCAGAACAUUUCAAAUAUUGUUACUCAUCGCAGAAUACAUACAGGAGAGAAACCAUAUCUUUGUCAUGUUUGUGGUACCGUUCACAUUUCAUUAGGUCGUUUGAAAGCUCAUUUUCAAUCUCAUUCUGAAGAUAGACCUUUUGAAUGUGACAUUUGUAGGGCUUCUUUUAAAAAUACAGAUCAGUUGAAAGUUCAUAGAAGGAGACACACUGAAGAAAAGAAGUUUGAGUGUGAUAUAUGUGGUCAUACAUGUCAUGCUAAAGCAGAAAUGAUAAUACAUAAAAAAAGACAUUUUAAAAUGUAUGACUUUUAUUGUGAAAUUUGUAAAAGAGGUUUUUACUUAGAGGCCAAACUUCGUGAACAUAUGGUUCAACACUCUGGAAAAAAACCAUAUAAGUGUGAAUUCUGUGAUAAUGCAUACGUUUCUAAGAAUAGUUUAUCAUGUCAUGUGAAAGCACGUCAUAGUGAACAUCCUGUGGAUUUAGAAUGCAAUGUGUGCCACAAAACUUUUUCAUUUCCACAGUCUUUAAGGAAACAUGUGCAGUUACAUUUUGGUGGUGGAAAUUCAGUAUGUGAUGUAUGCGGAAAAGUGGUUAGUUCUGAUUAUAUGAGAGUGCAUUUAAGAACUCACACGGGUGAAAAACCGGUGACAUGUAAUAUUUGUAACAAGUCAUUUAGAUCACCAAAGUAUUUGAAAACACAUCUACGAGUUCAUACUGGAGAAAAACCUUAUUCUUGUGAACAGUGUGGCAAAUGUUUUACUCAGAGAUUGUCUGUUGUUCACUGGUUGCCAACAGUGUCCAAUGUGGGCAAAGGAGGAAUUCCUGGGCAACAAGCUAGUGGGUUGUUAUUGUACGCUUUAAAUAAGGGAGUAAAGUUGCAAAAACCAGAAGAACAUAGUGAAAUUGCUGAGAAGUUGCUGCUGGAACCUGAAGACAGAUCAUCAUACGUUACUGUUGCACAGACAUGGAAUACUACCGCUAAAAGGAAGCUUAUUACAUCCUGUGAGUUCUGUGGCAAGCAGUUUCCAAUUCCUUCUCUAGCUGCCAUUCAUCGAAGAAUUCAUACAGGAGAGAAACCAUUUCUUUGCCAUGUUUGUGGUGAACAAUGUUUAUCACAUACCCGGUUAAGAAGACACAUACUGAGCCACAGCAGUGAUCGACCUUUCAAAUGUGAUAUGUGUCGUUCAUCUUUUAAAACGAACUUUGAACUCACAGCUCACAGAAAGCGUCACACAGAAGAGAAGAAGUUUGUUUGUGACGUAUGUGGAUAUGCCUGCAAAGAAAAAACAGGUUUAACUCUUCAUCGUCAGAGACAUUUUAAGAAAUAUAAAUAUGUGUGUAGUCAGUGUGAUAAAGGGUUUUACCAGCAGUCUACUCUUGCAGAACAUAUGCUGAAGCACAGUUCAGGAGAUGCUAAACCAUUUAAAUGUAACCAGUGUGAUACUUCCUAUUCUUCAAAAGCUUCCUUAUAUUAUCACACAAAGACACGGCAUGACCCUGAUUUCACCAAGCCAGAAUGUGAAAUUUGUCAUAAAGUGUGUGCGAAUCAACAAGUUUUGAAAAGACACAUGAAGGCUCACACUGGGAUGAAUCAACUUGUGUGUGAUACUUGUGGAAAAAUUUUAACUACAAUUGAAGGUUUGAAAAUACAUAAAAGAACUCAUACAGGAGAAAAGCCUGCUCUCUGUAAUGUGUGUGGAAAAGGUUUCAGUUCUCGAAGCUACUUGCGCACACAUUCGCGUGUCCACACAGGAGAUAAACCAUUUUUGUGUAAAGAAUGUGGUAAAUCAUUCACUCAGCGUUCAACACUUGUCAUUCACAUAAGGUCUCAUACAGGUGAAAGACCUUUUCCAUGUACAUUAGUGCAUGACAACAGAGUUUUUAAAAGCAAAUUUUUGUAUGGUAUUGACAUGUACACUACACAACAUGGUGUUUCAAGAGGACCCGAAAGUAAAAUGAAGACAACAGAUAAUUCAAAUGAUAAGAAGCCAUCCAAAAGACCUUAUGUCAAGUCUGGUAAAUAUUCCAAAAAGAAACCUGUGGAAGUAGUAUCAAAUGUGGACAAGCCUCAUACUAGAGAAAAAAAUCACAAGGAGUUAGAAGCAAAUUCAUGGAACUUUAAUUUGGAAAAGGAAGUGAAAAAAGAAAAUGUUGAGACAUAUACAUGUGGUGAAUGUAGUGUGACAUUUGAAACAUUUGAUGAACUGGAUAAGCAUAUGAAAGAGCAUGGAAAAGAUGUUCUGAAAUGUAAUAUUUGUGAAAAAAAAUUCUCUACCAAAAAACAUCUAAAUAGACACUUGGCUGUUCAUACUGUAGAUAGGCCAUACGCAUGUGAUAUAUGCAAUAAAACCUUUAAGCGACCAUAUGACAUAACAGUUCACAAAAAAAAGCAUUCAGGGGAAAAUAAGUUGGAAUGUGAUGUAUGUGGUUAUUCCACAAUUUACAGGUCAACUUUUGAUAAAAGUCAAGAUGUGUGUGCUGGAAGAAGCACAAUUCUGUGUGGUAAAGAAACUCCUACACCAAAGGAGAAAGGGAACCAAGGGAAACAGAAAAAAUCAGGAGACAAAAAUGAAGAACAUGCAUGUAAUAUGUGUGGUAGUUCUUUCAGCAGCAGGAACAUACUCCGUUUUCAUCUCCGCUCACAUAAUGGAGAAGAAAUCAAGUGUGGUCUUUGUGAAAAAGUAUUUGUUACCAAUAGACAUUUAAGAAAUCAUAUGCGAACACAUGUUAAACAUAGACCGUUUUCGUGUGAUGUUUGCCAUAAAUCGUAUCGGACAUCUACUGAACUAAAAUAUCAUAAGGAAGUCCACACUGGCAAGAAAAAUUUUGUUUGUAGUACUUGUGAUUAUAGAACUGCCUACAAAGCAAAUCUUGUAGCUCACGAGAAGAGGCAUGGACGUGAUUUCAUGUUCAAAUGUGAAAUAUGUGGGAAGGGACAUUUCACAAAAGGUGAAUUGCAGAUUCACACAAGAAUUCACACUGGAGAGAAGCCGUAUCAAUGUGAUAUAUGUGGAAAAGCAUACAGACAAAGAAAUGAUCUCUUGGCUCACCAACGAUCAGUUCAUGCAGAACUUCUGAGUGAUCUGAAUCCCUUCAAAUGUCAGACAUGUGGAAAAACAUUUGGGUAUAAAAAAUCAUUUCAGAGGCACAUAAGUUCUCAUUCAGGUGAAAACUUGACAUAUCUGUGUGAUCUGUGUGGAAAAGCUCUCACUAGUAACACAGCAUUACAGCUGCAUCGUCGUAUACACACAGGAGAAAAACCUUAUGCAUGUAGUGUGUGUGGAAAGACAUUUGGAAGAACUGGUACACUGCGAAUUCAUGAAAGAACUCAUACAGGGGAAAAACCUUACACUUGUGAACACUGUAAUAAAACAUUUACUCAGCGAUCAUCUCUUGUAAUACAUAAGAGGUAUCAUACUGGGGAGAAACCAUAUAAAUGUCAUGUAUGCAGUAUGGCAUUUGUAUCUAAAACUAGACUAACUGAUCAUCAGAAAAAUCACAUGUCAGAAAAUGGGAACUACUUAAUUGUUGUUGGAUCCAACACCAAUAACAUUUGCGCUUCACCCCGAAAGCCAGAAAUUCACUCUUCAAAGGAAAAUACAGCCAAUAAUGUCAAGAAACCAUUAAAACAACUUCAGCCAAAACCUCCUGGAUUUCAAGUUUCAGAUGGAUUAAGUUCUUUAACAAAUAAGAAGAAACAACGACGUAAAAGAAAUAUUUAUCCUAAAAUUCCUGGAACUGACUUUCCUUAUAAAUGUGAUGAUUGUGGUCGUGUCUAUAAAUGUGCUGCUUAUCUAACAGUUCAUAGGAGGAUGCAUGAAGGUGAAAAGAAUUUUGUAUGUAAUAUUUGCAAUUACAAGACUUACUGGAAAGAUCGACUUGUAGUUCACAUGACCCGUCAUAAGGAUGAACGACCUAUAAAAUGUAAUCUUUGUGACAAAUCUUUCAAACUUAAGACAGCUCUUACUAUUCAUAUGAAUAAACAUGCAGAAUUAAAGUAUCAGUGUGACUCUUGUGAUUUUAAGACAUCAUGGAAAGAGAGUUUAAAAUCUCAUUUAAGAACUCAUUCAAGAGAUCUUCCUUUUGCCUGUGAAAUUUGUCAUAAGCAGUUUCCCGCAAAAGCUGCGUUAAAUCAGCAUAUGAAAAAACACACAGAUAAAUUUAAUUGUGAUAUAUGUGGGAAAGAAUUUUUAUCAAGUAAUGCACGAACUGAACAUAAAUAUGCUGCUCAUGAAUUUAGGAAACCUUAUGAAUGUCAAGUCUGUAAAAGAACAUUUUCUUACAGAAGUUCAUUACGUUCUCAUGCCAAGACCCACAUGGAUGUUCCUCAAGUGAAAACCUUUCUUUGUGAUAUCUGUGGGAAAGAAUUACGAAGUAAGAAAAACCUUCAACUUCAUAAAUUAACUCACACAGGUGAAAAGCCAAUAAUGUGUGAUAUCUGUGGCAAGUCUUUUGCUAAUAAUAUUAUUCUGAAGGUUCACUUACGUACACAUACAGGAGAAAAACCUUAUCAGUGUGACUUUUGUAUGAAGAAGUUCACUGCUCGUCCUUCUUUGGUUGUUCAUAGAAGAUAUCACACAGGAGAAAAACCCUAUGUUUGUCAUGUUUGCAAUAAAGGCUUUGUAUCAAGUACACUUCUUUUCAGGCAUCAGAAAUCUCAACAUGGAUGUUAAUAUAAAUUGUAAAUAUUCACAAAAAUAAUUAUAUAUUAUAAAUUUUUGUAAUUGAAAUUUGUUUUUGUAAUGUUAAAAAAGGUGAGGAUGUGUUAAAUGUAUUCUUAUAAAAUCUGCCAUCGUAACCUAUCUUUUAAUGCUUGUAUGCAAGGGAUUGUAGGUUCAAUCGUCUUUACACUUUCUUGAGAUGAAUUGAAUUUGUAAUUUUCUACUCAACUGAAUGCAAAACUAAUAUUUUAAUGAAUCCUGAGACUCUCUUUCUCAUCUUACAAGGCAAUUUAUUAAUUGCUUUGAUGAGCCUUGAGAAAGCUGUACUAUAGAAAUUUUAGUUAGUACAUUGUAUCUUCUUUAAAGAUAUUAGGCUGAUUAAUAUUGAUGCUUGAACCAUCCAAGUAAUAAUUAAUUAAAUGUGUAAAGCUGUAUAUUUCUUUGUAAUUUUGUGGGAGGUAAAAAUCUUAAGAGAAUAAAAUGAUUUCUUUCUUCCUGUCAUGUUUAGAAAAGGAUGAAAGAAAUGUAAAUAUUCUGCAUUUUGUUAAGAAGAAUUUGAUAAUGCAUCUGAAAAGUUAAAAUGUAAUGUUAUUCUAUUUUAUAUUAAUGUUAAAAACAAUAAUUUCAUGAAUGUUUUAUGUAAGAGGUCAAAUGUAACUGUAAAUUUGUUGUAAUAACUGAAAUAUAAUUAUUAUUUCUUAAA